AUGCUUCUUCUAGUUGUGCUUCCGCUGCUUGUGCUUCCUCUGCUUGUGCUUCCUCUGCUUGCGCUUCCUCUGCUUGCGCUUCCUCUGCUUGCGCUUCCUCUACAUGCGCUUCCUCUGCUUGGGCUCCUCUGCUUGUGCGUCCUCUGCUUGUGCUUCCUCUGCUUGCGCUUCCUCUACUUGUGCUUCCUCUGCUUGUGCUUCCUCUGCUUGCGCUUCCUCUGCUUGCGCUUCCUCUGCUUGCACUUCCUCUGCUUGUGCUUCCUCUGCUUGCGCUUCCUCUAUUUGCGCUUCCUCUUCUUGCGCUUCCAUUGCUUACGCUUCCUCUGCUUGUGCUUCCUCUGCUUGCUCUUCCUUUGCUUACGCUUCCUCUGCCUGCGCUCCUCUGCUUGUGCUUCCUCUACUUGUGCUUCCUCUGCUUGCGCUUCCUCUGCUUGUGCUUCCUCUGCUUGCGCUUCCUCUGCCUGCGCUUCCUCUGCUUGCGCUUCCUCUGCUUGCGCUUCCUUUGCUUGCGCUUCCUCUGCUUGCGCUUCCUCUGCUUGGGCUCCUCUGCUUGUGCUUCCUCUGCUUGUGCUUCCUCUGCUUGCGCUUCCUCUGCUUGUGCUUCUUCUGCUUGUGCUUCCUCUCCUUGCGCUUCCCCUGCUUGUGCUUCCUCUGCUUGCGCUUCCUCUGCUUGCGCUUCCGCUGCUUGUGCUUCCUCUGCUUGUGCUUCCUCUGCUUGUGCUUCCUCUCCUUGCGUUUCCUCUGCUUAAGCUUCCUCUGCUUGCGCUUCCUCUGCUUGCGCUCCUCUGGUUGUGCUUCCUCUGCUUGUGCUUCCUCUGCUUGCGCUUCCUCUGCUUGUGCUUCCUCUGCUUUCGCUUCUUCUGCUUGUGCUUCCUCUGCUUGUGCUUCCUCUGCUUGCGCUCCUCUGCUUGUGCUUCCUCUGCUUGUGCUUCCUGCUUGUGCUUCCUCUGCUUGCGCUUCCUAUGCUUGUGCUUCCUCUACUUGCGCUUCCUCUGCUUGCGCUUCCUCUGCUUGCGCUUCCUCUUCUUGCGCUUCCUCUGCUUACGCUACCUCUGCUUGUGCUUCCUCUGCUUGCUCUUCCUUUGCUUACGCUUCCUCUUCUUGCGCUCCUCUGCUUGUGCGUUCUCUGCUUGUGCUUCCUCUGCUUGCGCUUCCUCCGCUUGUGCAUCCUCUACUUGCGCUUCCUCUGCUUGUGCUUCCUCUGCUUGCGCUUCCUCUGCUUGCGCUCCUCUGCUUGUGCUUCCUCUGCUUGUGCUUCCUGCUUGUGCUUCCUCUACUUGCGCUUCCUCUGCUUGUGCUUCCUCUACUUGCGCUUCCUCUUCUUGCGCUUCCUGUGCUUACGCUUCUUCUGCUUGUGCUUCCUCGGCUUGCUCAUCCUUUGCUUAUGCUUCCUCCGCCUGCGCUCCUCUGCUUGUGCUUCCUCUGCUUGUGCUUCCUUUGCUUGCGUUUCCUCUGCUUGUGCUUCCUCUACUUGCGCUUCCUCUGCUUGUGCUUCCUCUGCUUGCGCUUCCUCUGCUUGCGCUCCUCUGCUUGUGCUUCCUCUGCUUGCGAUUCCUCUGCUUGCGCUUCCUCUGCUUGCGCUUCCUCUGCUUGCGCUUCCUCUGCUUCCGCUUCCUCUGCUUUCGCUUCCUCUGCUUGCGCUUCCUCUGCUUGCGCUUCCCCUGCUUGCGCUUCCUCUGCUUGCGCUUCCUCUCCUUGCGCUUCCUUUGCUUGCGCUUCCUGUGCUUGCGCUUCCUAUGCUUGCGCUUCCUCUGCUUGGGCUCCUUUGCUUGUGCUUCCUCUACUUGUGCUUCCUCUGCUUGUGCUUCCUCUGCUUGCGCUUCCUCUGCUUGUGCUUCCUCUCCUUGCGCUUCCUCUGCUUGUGCUUCCUCUGCUUGUGCUUCCUCUGCUUGCGCUCCUCUGCUUGUGCUUCCUCUGCUUGUGCUUCCUGCUUGUGCUUCCUCUGCUUGCGCUUCCUCUGCUUGUGCUUCCUCUACUUGCGCUUCCACUGCUUGCGCUUCCUCUUCUUGCGCUUCCACUGCUUACGCUUCUUCUGCUUGUGCUUCCUCUGCUUGCUCUUCCUUUGCUUACGCUUCCUCUGCCUGCGCUCCUCUGCUUGUGCUUCCUCUGCUUGUGCUUCCUCUGCUUGCGCUUCCUCUGCUUGUGCUUCCUCUACUUGCACUUCCUCUGCUUGUGCUUUCUCUGCUUGGGCUUCCUCUGCUUGCGCUUCUCUGCUUCUGCUUCCUCUACUUGUGCUUCCUGCUUGUGCUUCCUCUGCUUGCGCUUCCUCUGCUUACGCUUUCUCUGCUUGCGCUUCCUCUGCUUGCGCUUCCUCUGCUUGCGCUUCCUCUUCUUGCGCUUCCUCUGCUUACGCUUCCUCUGCUUGUGCUUCCUCUGCUUGCUCUUCCUUUGCUUACGCUUCCUCUGCUUGCGCUCCUUUGCUUGCGCUUCCUCUGCUUGUGCUUCCUCUGCUUGCGCUUCCUCUGCUUAUGCUUCCUCUCGUUGCGCUUCCUCUGCUUGUGCUUCCUUUGCUUGCGCUUCCUAUGCUUGCGCUCCUCUGCUUGUGCUUCUUCUGCCUCUGCUUCCUGCUUGUGCUUCCUCUGCUUACGCUUCCUCUACUUGUGCUUCCUCUACUUGCGCUUCCACUGCUUGCACUUCCUCUACUUGCGCUUCCUCUGCUUGUGCUUUCUCUGCUUGGGCUUCCUCUGCUUGCGCUUCUCUGCUUCUGCUUCCUCCACUUGUGCUUCCUGCUUGUGCUUCCUCUGCUUGCGCUUCCUCUGCUUGCGCUUCCUCUGCUUUUGCUUUCUCUGCUUGGGCUUCCUCUGCUUGCGCUUCUCUGCUUCUGCUUCCUCUACUUGUGCUUCCUGCUUGUGCUUCCUCUGCUUGCGCUUCCUCUGCUUGCGCUUCCUCUGCUUGCGCUUCCUCUGCUUGCUCUUCCUUUGCUUACGCUUCCUCUGCCUGCGCUUCCUCUGCUUGUGCUUCCUCUACUUGCGCUUCCUCUGCUUGCGCUUCCUCUGCUUGUGCUUCCUCUACUUGCGCUCCUCUGCUGCUUGGGCUCCCUUUGCUUGGGCUCCUGUGCUUGCACUCCCUCUACUUGCACUUCCUCUUCUUGCGCUUCCUUUGUGCUUCCGCUGCUUGUGCUUCCUCUGCUUGUGCUUCCUCUGCUUGCGCUUCCUCUGCUUGCGCUUCCUCUGCUUGCGCUUUCUCUACAUGCGCUUCCUCUGCUUGGGCUCCUCUGCUUGUGCGUCCUCUGCUUGUGCUUCCUCUGCUUGCGCUUCCUCUACUUGUGCUUCCUCUGCUUGUGCUUCCUCUGCUUGCGCUUCCUCUGCUUGCGCUUCCUCUGCUUGCACUUCCUCUGCUUGUGCUUCCUCUGCUUGCGCUUCCUCUGAUUGUGCUUCCUCUAUUUGCGCUUCCUCUGCUUGCGCUUCCUCUAUUUGCGCUUCCUCUUCUUGCGCUUCCAUUACUUACGCUUCCUCUGCCUGCGCUCCUCUGCUUGUGCUUCCUCUACUUGUGCUUCCUCUGCUUGCGCUUCCUCUGCUUGUGCUUCCUCUGCUUGUGCUUCCUCUGCCUGCGCUUCCUCUGCCUGCGCUUCCUCUGCUUGCGCUUCCUCUGCUUGCGCUUCCUCUGCUUGGGCUCCUCUGCUUGUGCUUCCUCUGCUUGUGCUUCCUCUGCUUGCGCUUCCUCUGCUUGUGCUUCUUCUGCUUGUGCUUCCUCUCCUUGCGCUUCCCCUGCUUGUGCUUCCUCUGCUUGCGCUUCCUCUGCUUGCGCUUCCGCUGCUUGUGCUUCCUCUGCUUGUGCUUCCUCUGCUUGUGCUUCCUCUGCUUGCGUUUCCUCUGCUUAAGCUUCCUCUGCUUGCGCCUCCUCUGCUUGCGCUCCUCUGGUUGUGCUUCCUCUGCUUGUGCUUCCUCUGCUUGCGCUUCCUCUGCUUGUGCUUCCUCUGCUUUUGCUUCUUCUGCUUGUGCUUCCUCUGCUUGUGCUUCCUCUGCUUGCGCUCCUCUGCUUGUGCUUCCUCUGCUUGUGCUUCCUGCUUGUGCUUCCUCUGCUUGCGCUUCCUAUGCUUGUGCUUCCUCUACUUGCGCUUCCUCUGCUUGCGCUUCCUCUGCUUGCGCUUCCUCUUCUUGCGCUUCCUCUGCUUACGCUACCUCUGCUUGUGCUUCCUCUGCUUGCUCUUCCUUUGCUUACGCUUCCUCUUCUUGCGCUCCUCUGCUUGUGCGUUCUCUGCUUGUGCUUCCUCUGCUUGCGCUUCCUCCGCUUGUGCAUCCUCUACUUGCGCUUCCUCUGCUUGUGCUUCCUCUGCUUGCGCUUCCUCUGCUUGCGCUCCUCUGCUUGUGCUUCCUCUGCUUGUGCUUCCUGCUUGUGCUUCCUCUACUUGCGCUUCCUCUGCUUGUGCUUCCUCUACUUGCGCUUCCUCUUCUUGCGCUUCCUGUGCUUACGCUUCUUCUGCUUGUGCUUCCUCUGCUCGCUCUUCCUUUGCUUACGCUUCCUCUGCCUGCGCUUCUCUGCUUGUGCUUCCUCUGCUUUUGCUUCCUUUGCUUGUGCUUCCUCAGCUUGCGCUCCUCUGCUUGUGCUUCCUCUGCUUGUGCUUCCUCUGCUUGCGCUUCCUUUGCUUGUGCAUCCUCUACUUGCGCUUCCUCUGCUUGUGCUUCCUCUGCUUGCGCUUCCUCUGCUUGCGCUCCUCUGCUUGUGCUUCCUCAGCUUGUGCUUCCUGCUUGUGCUUCCUCUACUUGCGCUUCCUCUGCUUGUGCUUUCUCUACUUGCACUUCCUCUGCUUGCGCUUCCUGUGCUUGCGCUUCCUCUUCUUGCGCUUCCUGUGCUUACGCUUCCUCUGCUUGUGCUUCCUCGGCUUGCUCAUCCUUUGCUUACGCUUCCUCUGCCUGCGCUCCUCUGCUUGUGCUUCCUCUGCUUGUGCUUCCUUUGCUUGCGUUUCCUCUGCUUGUGCUUCCUCUACUUGCGCUUCCUCUGCUUGCGCUUCCUCUGCUUGCGCUCCUCUGCUUGUGCUUCCUCUGCUUGCGAUUCCUCUGCUUGCGCUUCCUCUGCUUGCGCUUCCUCUGCUUGCGCUUCCUCUGCUUGCGCUUCCUCUGCUUGCGCUUCCUCUGCUUGCGCUUCCUCUGCUUGCGCUUCCCCUGCUUGCGCUUCCUCUGCUUGCGCUUCCUCUGCUUGUGCUUCCUUUGCUUGCGCUUCCUCUGCUUGCGCUUCCUAUGCUUGCGCUUCCUCUGCUUGGGCUCCUUUGCUUGUGCUUCCUCUACUUGUGAUUCCUUUGCUUGUGCUUCCUCUGCUUCUGCUUCCUCUGCUAGUGCUUCCUCUGCUUGUGCUUCCUCUGCUUGUGCUUCCUCUGCUUGUGCUUCCUCUGCUUGUGCUUCCUCUGCUUGUGCUUCCUCUUCUUGUGCUUCCUCUGCUUGCGCUUCCUUUGCUUGCGCUUCUGUGCUCCUGCUUCCUCUGCUUGUGCUUCCUGCUUGUGCUUCCUCUGCUUGCGCUUCCUCUGCGCUUCCUCUGCUUGCGCUUCCUCUGCUUGCACUUCCUCUGCUUGCGCUUCCUCUUCUUGCGCUUCCUCAGCUUAUGCUUCCUCUGAUUCUGCUUCCUCAUCUUGCUCUUCCUUUGCUUACGCUUCCUCUGCUUGCGCUCCUCUGCUUGUGCUUCCUCUGCUUGUGCUUCCUUUCCUUGCAAUUCCUCUGCUUGUGCUUCCUCUGCUUGCGCUUCCUCUGCUUGCGCUCCUCUACUUGUGCUUCCUCUGCUUGUGCUUCCUGCUUGUGCUUCCUCUCCUUGUGCUUCCUCUGCUUGUGCUUCCUCUACUUGCGCUUCCUCUUCUUGCGCUUCCUUUGCUUGCGCUUCCUCCUCUUACGCUUCCUCUGCUUGUGCUUCCUCUGCUUGCUCUUCCUUUGCUUACGCUUCCUCAGUUUGCGCUCCUCUUCUUGUGCUUCCUCUGCUUGUGCGUCCUCUACUUGUGCUUCCUCUGCUUGUGCUUCCUCUACUUGCGCUUCUUCUGCUUGUGCUUCGUCUGCUUGUGCUUCCUCUUCUUGCGCUCCUCUACUUGUGCUUCCUCUGCUUGCGAUUCCUCUGCUUGGGCUUCCUCUGCCUUCGCUUCCUCUACUUGCGCUCCUCUGCUUGUGCUUCCUCUGCUUGUGCUUCCUCUGCUUGCUCUUCCUUUGCUUACGCUUCCUCUGCCUGCGCUCCUCUGCUUAUGCUUCCUCUGCUUGUGCUUCCUCUGCUUGCGCUUCCUCUGCUUGUGCUUCCUCUACUUGCACUUCCUCUGCUUGUGCUUCCUCUUCUUGUGCUUCCUCUACUUGCGCUCCUCUGCUUUUGCUUGUGCUUCCUCUGCUUGUGCUUCCUUUGCUUGUGCUUCCUCUGCUUGUGCUUCCUCUGCUUGUGCUUCCUCUGCUUGUGCUUCCUCUGCUUGCGCUUCCUUUGCUUGCACUCCUCUGCUCGUGCUUCCUCUGCUUGUGCUUCCUGCUUGUGCCUCCUCUGCUUGCGCUUCCUCUGCGCUUCCUCUGCUUGCGCUUCCUCUGCUUGCACUUCCUCUGCUUGUGCUUCCUCUUCUUGUGCUUCCUCUACUUGCGCUCCUCUGCUUGUGCUUCCUUUGCUUUCGCUUCCUCUGCUUGCGCUUCCUAUGCUUGCGCUUCCUCUGCUUGGGCUCCUUUGCUUGUGCUUCCUCUGCUUGUGCUUCCUUUGCUUGUGCUUCCUCUGCUUGUGCUUCCUCUGCUUGUGCUUCCUCUGCUUGUGCUUCCUCUGCUUGUGCUUCCUCUGCUUGCGCUUCCUCUGCUUGUGCUUCCUCUGCUUGCGCUUCCUUUGCUUGCGCUCCUCUGCUCCUGCUUCCUCUGCUUGUGCUUCCUGCUUGUGCUUCCUCUGCUUGCGCUUCCUCUGCUUACGCUUCCUCUGCUUGCGCUUCCUCUGCUUGCACUUCCUCUGCUUGCGCUUCCUCUUCUUGCGCUUCCUCAGCUUAUGCUUCCUCUGAUUGUGCUUCCUCAUCUUGCUCUUCCUUUGCUUACGCUUCCUCUGCUUGGGCUUCAUCUGCUUGUGCUUCCUUUCGUUGCAAUUCCUCUGUUUUUGCUUCCUCUGCUUGCGCUUCCUCUGCUUGCGCUCCUCUACUUGUGCUUCCUCUGCUUGUGCUUCCUGCUUGUGCUUCCUCUACUUGUGCUUCCUCUGCUUGUGCUUCCUCGAAUUGCGCUUCCUCUGCUUGCGCUUCCUUUGCUUGCGCUUCCUCCUCUUGCGCUUCCUCUGCUUAUGCUUCCUCUGCUUGUGCUUCCUCUGCAUGCUCUUCCUUUGCUUACGCUUCCUCAGCCUGCGCUCCUCUGCUUGUGCUUCCUCUGCUUGUGCGUCCUCUACUUGCGCUUCCUCUGCUUGUGCUUCCUCUACUUGCGCUUCUUCUGCUUGUGCUUCCUCUGCUUGUGCUUCCUGUGCUUGCGCUCCUCUGCUUGUGCUUCCUCUGCUUGCGAUUCCUCUGCUUGCGCUUCCUCUGCUUUCGCUUCCUCUACUUGCGCUCCUCUGCUUGUGCUUCCUCUGCUUGUGCUUCCUCUGCUUGCUCUUCUUUUGCUUACGCUUCCUCUGCCUGCGCUCCUCUGCUUAUGCUUCCUCUGCUUGUGCUUCCUCUGCUUGCGCUUCCUCUGCUUGUGCUUCCUCUACUUGCACUUCCUCUGCUUGUGCUUCCUCUUCUUGUGCUUCCUCUACUUGCGCUCCUCUGCUUGUGCUUCCUCUGCUUGUGCUUCCUCUGCUUGUGCUUCCUCUUCUUGUGCUUCCUCUGCUUGCGCUUCCUCUUCUAUCGCUUCCUCUGGUUGUGACUCCUCUGCUUGCGCUUCCUCUACUUGCGCUUCCUCUACUUGCGCUUCCUCUGCUUGGGCAUCCUCUGCUUGCGCUUCCUCUGCUUGCACUUCCUCUGCUUGCGCUUCCUCUUCUUGCGCUCCUCUGCUUGUGCUUCCUCUGCUUGUGCUUCCUCUGCUUGCGCUUCCUCUGCUUGUGCUUCUUCUGCUUCCGCUUCCUCUACUUGUGCUUCCUCUGCUUGCGCUUCCUUUGCUUGUUCUUCCUCUUCUUGUGCUUCCUCUUCUUGCGCUUCCUCUGCUAGUGCUUCCUCUGCUUACACUUCCUCUGCUUGCGCUUCCUCUUCUCGCGCUUCCUCUGCUUGUGCUUCCUUUGCUUGUGCUUCCUCUGCUUGUGCUUCCUCUGCUUGCGUUUCCUCUGCUUGUGCUUCUUCAGCUUCCGCUUCCUUUGCUUGUUCUUCCUCUGAUUGUGCUUCCUUUCGUUGCAAUUCCUCUAUUUUUGCUUCCUCUGCUUGUGCUUCCUCUGCUUGUGCUUCCUGCUUGUGCUUCCUCUACUUGUGCUUCCUCUGCUUGUGCUUCCUCUACUUGCGCUUCCUCUGCUUGCGCUUCCUUUGCUUGCGCUUCCUCCUCUUGCGCUUCCUCUGCUUACGCUUUCCCUGCUUGUGCUUCCUCUGCUUGCUCUUCCUUUGCUUACGCUUCCUCAGCCUGCGCUCCUCUGCUUGUGCUUCCUCUGCUUGUGCGUCCUCUACUUGCGCUUCCUCUGCUUGUGCUUCCUCUACUUGCGCUUCCUCUGCUUGCAUUUCCUCUGCUUGUGCUUCCUCUUCUUGCGCUUCCUCUGUUUGCGCUUCCUCUGCUUGCGCUCCUUUGCUUGUGCUUCCUCUGCUUGUGCUUCCUUUGCUUGCGUUUCCUCUGCUUGUGCUUCUUCAGCUUCCGCUUCCUUUGCUUGUUCUUCCUCUGCUUGUGCUUCCUUUCGUUGCAAUUCCUCUGUUUUUGCUUCCUCUGCUUGCGCAUCUUCUGCUUGCGCUCCUCUACUUGUGCUUCCUCUGCUUGUGCUUCCUCUACUUGUGCUUCCUCUGCUUGUGCUUCCUCUACUUGCGCUUCCUCUGCUUGCGCUUCCUCUGCUUGUGCUUCCUCUGCUUGCGCUUCCUCUGCUUGUGCUUCCUCUUCUUGCGCUUCCUCUGCUUGCGCUUCCUCUGCUUGCGCUUUUUCUGCUUGUGCUUCCUCUGCUUAUGCUUCCUCUGCUUGUGCUUCCUCUGCUUGCGCUUCCUCUACUUGUGCUUCCUCUGCUUACGCUUCCUCUGCUUGCGCUUCCUCUGCUUGCGCUUCCUCUGCUUGCGCUUCCUCUGCUUGUUCUUCCUCUGCUUGCGCUUCCUCUGCUUGCACUUCCUCUCCUUGUGCUCCUCUGCUUGCGCUUCCUAUGCUUGCGCUCCUCUGCUUGCGCUUCCUCUGCUUACGCUUCCUAUACAUGCGCUUCCUUUGCUUGUGCUUCGUCUGCUUGUGCUUCCUCUGCUUGUGCUUCCGCUACUUACGCUUCCUCUGCUUGCGCUUCCUCUACUUGUGCUCCUCUGCUUGUGCUUCCUCUGCUUGUGCUUCCUCUGCUUGCGCUUCCUCUUCUUGUGCUUCCUCUGCUCCCGCUUCCUCUGCUUGCGCUCCUCUGCUUCUGCUUUCUCUGCUUGUGCUUCCUGCAUGUGCUUCCUCCGCUUGCGCUUCCUCUGCUUACGCUUCCUCUGCUUGCGCUUCCUCUGCUUGCGCUUCCUCUUCUUGCGCUUCCUCUUCUUGCGCUUCCUCUGCUUACGCUUCCUCUGCUUGUGCUUCCCCUGCUUGCUCUUCCUUUGCUUACGCUUCCUCUGAUUGCGCUCCUCUGCUUGCGCUUCCUCUGCUUGUGCUUCCUCUGCUUGCGCUUCCUCUGCUUGUGCUUCCUCUCCUUGCGCUUCCUCUGCUUGUGCUUCCUCUGCUUGUGCUUUCUCUGCUUGCGCUCCUCUGCUUGUGCUUCCUCUGCUUGUGCUUCCUGCUUGUGCUUCCUCUGCUUGCGCUUCCUCUGCUUGUGCUUCCUCUACUUGCGCUUCCACUGCUUGCGCUUCCUCUUCUUGCGCUUCCACUGCUUACGCUUCUUCUGCUUGUGCUUCCUCUGCUUGCUCUUCCUUUGCUUACGCUUCCUCUGCCUGCGCUCCUCUGCUUGUGCUUCCUCUGCUUGUGCUUCCUCUGCUUGCGCUUCCUCUGCUUGUGCUUCCUCUACUUGCGCUUCCUCUACUUGUGCUUUCUCUGCUUGGGCUUCCUCUGCUUGCGCUUCUCUGCUUCUACUUCCUCCACUUGUGCUUCCUGCUUGUGCUUCCUCUGCUUGCGCUUCCUCUGCUUACGCCUUUCUGCUUGCGCUUCCUCUGCUUGCGCUUCCUCUGCUUGCGCUUCCUCUUCUUGCGCUUCCUCUGCUAACGCUUCCUCUGCUUGUGCUUCCUCUGCUUGCUCUUCCUUUGCUUACGCUUCCUCUGCUUGCGCUCCUUUGCUUGGGCUUCCUCUGCUUGUGCUUCCUCUGCUUGCGCUUCCUCUGCUUAUGCUUCCUCUCCUUGCGCUUCAUCUGCUUGUGCUUCCUCUGCUUGCGCUUCCUAUGCUUGCGCUCCUCUGCUUGUGCUUCUUCUGCCUGUGCUUCCUGCUUGUGCUUCCUCUGCUUGCGCUUCCUCUACUUGUGCUUCCUCUACUUGCGCUUCCACUGCUUGCGCUUCCUCUACUUGCGCUUCCUCUGCUUGUGCUUUCUCUGCUUGGGCUUCCUCUGCUUGCACUUCUCUGCUUCUACUUCCUCCACUUGUGCUUCCUGCUUGUGCUUCCUCUGCUUGCGCUUCCUCUGCUUACGCUUUCUCUGCUUGCGCUUCCUCUGCUUGCGCUUCCUCUGUUUGUGCUUUCUCUGCUUGGGCUUCCUCUGCUUGCGCUUCUCUGCUUCUGCUUCCUCUACUUGUGCUUCCUGCUUGUGCUUCCUCUGCUUGCGCUUCCUCUGCUUGCGCUUCCUCUGCUUGCGCUUCCUCUGCUUCCUCUUCCUUUGCUUACGCUUCCUCUGCCUGCGCUUCCUAUGCUUUUGUGCUUCCGCUGCUUGUGCUUUCUCUGCUUGUGCUUCCUCUGCUUGCGCUUCCUCUGCUUGCGCUUCCUCUGCUUGCGCUUCCUCUACAUGCGCUUCCUCUGCUUGGGCUCCUCUGCUUGUGCGUCCUCUGCUUGUGCUUCCUCUGCUUGCGCUUCCUCUACUUGUGCUUCCUCUGCUUGUGCUUCCUCUGCUUGCGCUUCCUCUGCUUGCGCUUCCUCUACUUGCACUUCCUCUGCUUGUGCUUCCUCUGCUUGCGCUUCCUCUGCUUGUGCUUCCUCUAUUUGCGCUUCCUCUGCUUGCGCUUCCUCUAUUUGCGCUUCCUCUUCUUGCGCUUCCAUUGCUUACGCUUCCUCUGCUUGUGCUUCCUCUGCUUGCUCUUCCUUUGCUUACGCUUCCUCUGCCUGCGCUCCUCUGCUUGUGCUUCCUCUGCUUGUGCUUCCUCUGCUUGCGCUUCCUCUGCUUGUGCUUCCUCUGCUUGCGCUUCCUCUGCUUGUGCUUUCUCUGCUUGGGCUUCCUCUGCUUGCGCUUCUCUGCUUCUGCUUCCUCUACUUGUGCUUCCUGCUUGUGCUUCCUCUGCUUGCGCUUCCUCUGCUUGCGCUUCCUCUGCUUGCGCUUCCUCUGCUUGCGCUUCCUCUACUUCUUGGGCUUCCUUUGCUUGGGCUCCUGUGCUUGCACUCCCUCUACUUGCACUUCCUCUUCUUGCGCUUCCUGUGCUUGUGCUUCCUCUGCUUGUGCUUCCUCUACUUGCGCUUCCUCUUCUUGUGCUUCCUCUGCUUGAACUUCCUCUACUUGCGCUUCCUCUGCUUGCGCUCCUCUGCUUGUGCUUCCUCUGCUUGUGCUUCCUCUGCUUGCGCUACUUCUAGUUGUGCUUCCGCUGCUUGUGCUUCCUCUGCUUGUGCUUCCUCUGCUUGCGCUUCCUCUGCUUGCGCUUCCUCUGCUUGCGCUUCCUCUACAUGCGCUUCCUCUGCUUGGGCUCCUCUGCUUGUGCGUCCUCUGCUUGUGCUUCCUCUUCUUGCGCUUCCUCUACUUGUGCUUCCUCUGCUUGUGCUUCCUCUGCUUGCGCUUCCUCUGCUUGCACUUCCUCUGCUUGUGCUUCCUCUGCUUGCGCUUCCUCUGCUUGUGCUUCCUCUAUUUGCGCUUCCUCUGCUUGCGCUUCCUCUAUUUGCGCUUCCUCUUCUUGCGCUUCCAUUGCUUACGCUUCCUCUGCUUGUGCUUCCUCUGCUUGCUCUUCCUUUGCUUACGCUUCCUCUGCCUGCGCUCCUCUGCUUGUGCUUCCUCUGCUUGUGCUUCCUCUGCUUGCGCUUCCUCUGCUUGUGCUUCCUCUGCUUGCGCUCCCUCUGCCUGCGCUUCCACUGCUUGCGCUUCCUCUGCUUGCGCUUCCUCUGCUUGCGCUUCCUCUGCUUGCGCUUCCUCUGCUUGGGCUCCUCUGCUUGUGCUUCCUCUGCUUGUGCUUCCUCUGCUUGCGCUUCCUCUGCUUGUGCUUCUUCUGCUUGUGCUUCCUCUCCUUGCGCUUCCCCUGCUUGUGCUUCCUCUGCUUGCGCUCCCUCUGCUUGCGCUUCCGCUGCUUGUACUUCCUCUGCUUGUGCUUCCUCUGCUUGUGCUUCCUCUGCUUGCGUUUCCUCUGCUUAA